CCAAUGUAUUACGCAUAGUGAUGCGUUGAGCGUUCCUAAUCUGGACGGAGACAGAAGACCGUUCCUAGUCAGGCGAGCAGGCAGGGUUUGCUGCUGCUUGAUCUGUGCUACGAUUGGCCGAUGGAUGCGGGGGGCUGGAGGUUUCGCAGCUUCUUUGCUUGGCUGCAAUCUUCAUCCAGGAGCGAUGCGGAGACAAUAGGGCAACGCAAGGAAGCCUGAGAGAGGAAUCGGCUCGCUCAGCAAGUUGAAAUUGUGCUAGACUGUGUUUCAAUCGAUAUCAAUAUCUGGAAUUUAAACGAUAUAUGUACAAAAGAACAGAAUAAGAACACAUUGAUCUGGCAUCCUUUAUUGCUGGUUAAAUUUCCAGCUUUAAAUGGAGAGACAUUGAGAAGCCUCUGCGUGCAUUACAGAUUGAAUGUAACACCAACCAGCCAAUCAUCCUACUCCACGUGUAGCCUGUCCUUGUGUAAGAAUGAGUUCCUCUCCCCUUGUGUCCCGGGCAUCCAUCGACAUCCUGGAAGAACUGCAGCUUAUUGCAGCCCAGAACCUGGAGAAGUUGGAGGUCAACAAAUACUAUGAGGUCAUACGUGAGCUGGGCAAGGGGACUUAUGGGAAGGUGGACUUGGUUAUCCAUAAAAUUAGAGGCACAAAGAUGGCUUUGAAGUUCCUCAGAAAGAAAACCACAAAACUGAAGAGUUUUCUGAGAGAGUACAGCAUCUCACUCUACCUCUCACCUUGCCCUUUCAUCAUCAACAUGUUUGGAAUAGCGUUUGAGACAGAUGACUACUAUGUCUUUGCCCAGGAGUACGCCCUUGCGGGAGACCUCUUUGACAUCAUUCCUCCACAGGUGGGCCUCCCUGAGACUGUGGCCAAACGCUGUGUCCACCAGGUGGCUAUAGCACUGGACUACCUGCACUGUAAGAAGCUGGUCCACCGCGACAUCAAGCCAGAGAACAUACUCAUUUUCGACAAGGAGUGCCGGAAGGUCAAGCUGUCGGACUUUGGCAUGACGCGUCGGGCCGGCUCCCCGGUGAAGCGUGUGAGCGGCACCAUCCCCUACACGGCCCCGGAGCUGUGUGACGCGUCCAAGCACGAGGGCUUCUGCGUGGACUACAGCACGGACGUCUGGGCCUUCGGCGUGCUCCUCUUCUGCAUGCUGACGGGCAACUUCCCCUGGGAGAAGGCCCUGCCCUCGGACACCUUUUACGAGGAGUUUGUGCGGUGGCAGCGGCGCCGGACGGGCACUGUGCCCUCCCAGUGGCGACGCUUUACGGACGAGGCCCUGCGCAUGUUCCGCAAGCUGCUGUCCAUCGAACAGGAGCGCCGAUGCACUGUCAAGGAGGUAUUCGGCUACUUCAGCCACUGCUGGAUGCUGGACAACGAGAAUGGGAACGGCCACCCGACCGAGCUGAGCUCCUCCUCAUCCGAAGAGGACCUGCUGGUGGACCGCAUGAAGCAGCAGACGCUGUCGCCCAUCUGCGGGGUGGCCAAGGGCGGUGUCAUCAUGGAGCCGGCGGCCCACCACUUCUCCUCCGUCUCCACCAACAGCUCCCUCUCGUCCACCAAUAGCUACGAGCGCGUGCCCCGCGACAACGCCGCCAGCAGCCGCAUCCUAGUGACCACGCCCAUCGAGAUCUGCGUUUAGAGAGUGCUGAGUGUGGACAUGGGACUAUCUCCCUCCCCAUGUUCUCAGACACACACACACAGGCACGUAGACAUGCUGAAGCAAUCAUAAAAUCAAAGGAUCAGAAACAAAAUAGAAAAUUAGAAAACUUCAGGACCACUCUGCACAGGGGGAGAGGAAUUAAGAAAAAAACGAAGACACAAACCCUCCUAGUUACAGCUGCUGUUUGGCAUUAAUAACUACAUUAAGCUAUUCAAAAGAAGCAACCUCUGUCUCCCCCAACAAACAUUUGUGAAGACAACACUGACUCUUGGAGCUCAACCUCAGCUCUGUUACUCUGAGGGAAGUUGUGAUGUUGUCUUAGGGAGUUGUGCGUAUGCUUGCAUACAGUUUCCAUUUCAGUGCUUACAGUCAAAUAGGCUAAACAAGGAACACAUCAUCAAUUAAUGAAGAAAAGAAAGAAAACAUGAAAAUACACAAGGGAAAGGCAAUCUCAGCUGAGCUGCUGUACUGGCAUUGUUACAGCUUUGAAGUUGACCAAAACUUAUUUCUUAAAGCAAUACGUUUAACAAUUUCCUGCAAAAAAAGAAAGAAAAAAGAACAAGAAUUGAAUUUUUUAAAUGCACGCAGAAGAUGCUGGAAGAAGUAGAACAUUUGACUGAUUUAAGCAGAGCCAAGAAAUUCAGAUGGACAAACGAGACCGAUCUAUUUCUUUGUAUUUUCGAAGCUGUUUGAAAUGCAGCACUUUAAAAAAAGAAGAAAAAAAAAAGAUUACCUUGCAGAAUGUUCCUGAAGAAAAACAAUGAAUUGAAGUGAACAUCAGUUGUGACGUUUACUGUAAAUGCAAUGUGAACUCUGGUACUGUGCACGUGUGUGUGCAGGUGUGCAAGCGUGUGUGCGUGCGUGUGUGUGUGCGUGCAUGUGUGCGAGUGAACAUGUGUGUGUGUGUGUGUGUGUGUGCAUCUGUGAGUGAGUGUGUGUCUGUGUUCCAUGUGUGUGAGCUGAACAUUCACUAAGGUAGUGCAACAGGUUUUUUUGCCUUGGGUUUAAUUAAUUAAUUGAUUAUUUAUUUAUUUGAAUCCUGUAUUCUCAGAAAUAUAUUUUUUCUAUUGAUUUUGUAAAGUAGCUUUAGAUGUUGGGCAUUUGACUUAUUUUAAUACUUAUUUUAAUAGGUUUGCUAUUGUUCUUGUGCCAAACACAUUUGGCACCGUGCAGCCAUUCUGCAAUGUUUAACUCAUGGAUUUAAUCCUCCUUGGCAAAGGAAGAUCUCAUCAAAGUUUCUGGAGAUCUUGGUUGUGUCAUUAACACAAGUCGGCAGAGAUUAUAGUAGCAUUACAUGCUUUUUACUUUAACUGUUGGUGAGAUUAUCAGUAUUUGCAUGAUUUUUGACCAAUGGGAUGUUCAUCCCUUAUGUCUCCUCCACUUGACCACCAGCUUGGACACCCCACAAGGCUUCCAUCGCGAUGUGAUGGGAUGUGCACGUGUGCUUCCAGAUGCCACUCAUGUGUGCUGAGCACAGACAGACAGAGAGGGUGGGAGGUUUGCAGACUGUUGGUGUCACCAUGAUGAAAUGUAUCAGAGGCUUUUCACGUGUUACUGUGUGAAAAGAAACCAUAUGGGGUUCAUACUUUACUAUGUUAAUUGUAAUGGUUGUAAAGGGGCAUUUAUAUUCAUGCGCAGGCAGCCUAUAUAAGUGCGCAAAAGAUGGUGAGAGCUGUGAUCUCCCAUGUGUAUUGUACUCCACUGGCAUAGCUCUUUUUUCCUAUGUCACUCUAUCUGAGCUUUUUGAUGGACUUUAACUGGUGAGACUAUGUAACUUUGAACACAUCAGAAACUAUUUUCAGGUCACUGAGAAACGCAGAAUUUGCAUAUAUUCUUACCCAUGUUCCUAAAAUAUGAAUGCUAUGUCAUUUUUAGAGGUACUGCUUUCAUAUGGAUACCCUGUGAUGAGUUAACUAUGAUCCCUAAUUGAAUCAUUGCCAAAACAUUGCCUAAAAGUUCUAUUUAAGUAUGGAAAAAUGACAUUCUUCCACUUAAAAACACGAUGAUAGAUGAUAAAUCUGUAAACAGCAUCACAGAAUUGAUGCCUGCUCUGAGGCUACUGUCCUGUCACCUGUCCAUUUUUUUGCCACUUGAAAUUUUAUUCCUUUGACAAUGAUAGUUUCCAUUGCAGAAACUUUAGGCUGCACAUUUUCUUGUACAUGGUAACAUACAUAUUUGUUUGAAAUAUGUUGAAGAGAUGUAUUUUUACAUGUUCUCUUGAUUUCUUGUUUUUUUUUAAGCUGAUGAAGCUGUUUUAUGGUGCAUUGUUGCAAAUUUUAAUUUUGUACAGCCGAAAAGAGUCAGCGAUGACGUAUGAAAGUGCAUUUUUCAAUUGCAUGGAGAUUAAAAAAACAUAUCGUUAUGAAAACUGAACUGUGUUUAUAAAAGAUAUGCGCAGAUUGUUGUGAUGUGAAAUUUUGCUGUAGCACAAUUUCUUGCAUAAUGUUCCAGAGUGAAAAUUGUCGUCAUGACUUCUCAAACAAAUUAGGGCUAAAAAAAGCGACAACCAGUAAUUGUUAGUUUUUAUUAAAUGUGUUGUAUUUGUAUGCUGUUGUUCUUGUGUUACUGUCUAACCAAAAUCAAGGAAGUACGUGUAGAGAUUAGCUGCUGAGUUGUGUGGAGAUAUUAUAGAGGGACUUCCUUUUGUACUACUGCUAUGAGAUUUUUUAAAUGAUUUGUUUUGAUGGGAUUUAACUUCCAGAAAAAACUUACUAAGAUUGAAAGAAGUAAAUUUGAAGAAGCAGAUAUUAGUUUUCUUACUUCAAAGGCUAAAUUAAUUUCCUGCUGCAAGUAUGACUUAUGCCUCAUUACAAAAAAAAAGACAUUUUGUAAUAGACUUCUUGUGUUUUUGUGUUUUCCAGACAUAUUUGCAUGGAUUUAGGAUAUUAUCCUGGAGAUACAUUGUGGAAAAUUACAUAUGUAUAGGCUGCAGUAUCCCCUUCAAUUGACAGUGUAGAAGCAGGUCUCCUGACAGUUAUUAAGGAGACGUUUUCCCUUACAUGAUGUGGACUAUUUUCCAGUGAUGGCAAAAUGGCAAUCCCUUGUCUAUGUUGCAUAGUGGUAGAGUGUCCUCACUCUGUGCUCAGGACAUGUUCAGGACAAGGCUGGAUACUACACCCUGUCAUUAACUUGACCUCAGUGUGCUCUGACACAAAGACUCUUAACAGCAGCUCAAUCUUGAUUCAACGAGCAUCAUCAGUGGUACUGGGCAAUUGGGCACUGUCACAUGCCAUUAACAAAAAAAAACAACAAAAAAAAAAAGAUUGAACAAAGAGGCCUCAGCAAAGCUGUCAUGAUGUAAUGUGUUGCCAGUAAUGUAGUUGAAAUUCCUUGUCUCUCUGUAAAGUGACAUAUUUUGAUGCACCAUGUUUUUAGUGGAGUUUUAGCCAGUAGGUAACACAAUGCUGGAACUCGUGUCCAAUGCAGUCAUUGCAAUACAAAUGUCUUCCUGUAAGUUCCUUCUAAUUUAAUCAAAAAUAAAAACAGAAUAAAGCAAAAUAAAACA